UCAACAUCCUUAAAACGUUCAAAAUGGGUGAGUGUGAAGUUUUUCGAUUGGCAGGCUGUUAGUUGUGGCUCAAAAAAGAAAGGAACUAAAAUGUCCUUGACAGAUUUUUUGGCAGAUCAGUCAACUGGUUCUUGGGCUGAUGAAAUGGAUGAUUUACCCUCUGCGCCUGCCGCGGCCUUAGGUCAUGGUGAACAUGAUGAUUUACAUCGUCGUAGUGGUGGAUUCGGUGAUAGAAAUAGGAUGUAUCCAACUGGAAAAACGAGUUCGAGAGAUUCACGCUAUGAAUCUCGCGAAUCGACACGCGAUUCUCGGUUCAUGAGUCGCCCAGAAAGAGCACCUCAACCUUUACCAACAUCACCUCCAUAUACUGCACAUCUUGGAAAUUUACCCUUUGACUUAACUGAACAAGAUGUGGAAUCGUUCUUUAGGAAUUCAAAAAUCAUUACCAUCAGAAUUCUUCGUGAUAGAGAUGAUAAACCUAAAGGUUUUGGAUAUGUUGAAUUUGAGGACGUAGAGUCAUUGACAAAAGCAUUGCAGCUAAGCGGAGAGUCGCUUGGAAAUCGGCCAAUCAGAGUUAGCGUGGCUGAACCACCAGCUCGUGAUCGUGAACAACGCGAAGAUCGGACAGCUGGUGAAUGGCGACGAAUAAUUCCAAGGGAAUCAACUGUUUCAUCUCCGAGGAGUGAACGCUUUAGUGAUAAACCCGGUCAUCGAGAAGAUAAAUGGGGUGACCGUGGAUUUCGUGAUCGUGGAGACCGAGUUGAUCGUAAUGAGCGCAGUAGCGAAAGAGGAGAUCGUGGUGGAGAGAGAGUAGAUCGUAAAGUCGAUACGGAAUGGAGAGGCGGUGCGUUUAGUAGUAGCAGGUCGAGCAGUUUUCGUGAACGCCGUUCGGAGGAAAGAAUUG